AUGGACAUCAUUCAAUGGCUCAAAGAUACCGCGGCGGCAACUCGGCCCACGCUGCCUAAGCCCGCUGCACAUCUGCCGGAAGUAGUGGAAGACCCUGUCCAAAGCACCUCUCCACAUCCACGCAAAGUGUGUCAGAGGUUAGGUGCUGAUAGCUCCAUCCUAACACCAGAACAUACACCGUCUAAAGUUGCCCAUGUAAAACACUCUCAAGGAGCCAAGUUGGCCCGCCGCGCGAGUUCAGCGUCUCUAGAUAGCCACCGCAUUCCGCCAGACGGAACAGUUUCAACUCAUUCGAAUAUAAAAAGCGCGGGUUUAUACCAGCGGAGGAAGCGCUGUAAGCCACGUCCAAACAAGUAUGAUCUGAAGGUAGAACGUACGCGCGAGGUCAAGGAGCCAUCCAAAAGAAGCAAAGCAAAGAAGCCAAACUUGCGGAAGGACAAGAAGAAAAGAUCAAAUGACAAGCUGGUUGCGCCGGUGGUGCGCGGUUUCCAUGCACCAAAUGUUUUGCGAGAAAGACUAACAUUGCCAACUGUGUUUAACCCAGGCCUAUUUAAAAAGGGCAAAGCGUCCUCGCCGUUCAAAGGCCGAGGUCCGCCAGACCUUGCUUUCUCAGAGAAGAGAUUCCUGCAAAAGCGGACGGACUUGCAUGAUGCAGCAAUCCUUGCUGGAAAAGGUAAGAGCAAACUUAGGAAAGGGAGGUCCGCGCAGAUCGAGGAGGAAAUAUCAGCGUACUUUGGUGGUACGAGGCCGCCCUCGGUUGAAAAGAACGUCGGAGAUCCAUUCAAUAGACUCUUCACCCGGUUCGAUCAUGAGGCCCGCGCGCAACGCAAGGACCUACGAGGCGAUGUUUCAGAAUCCAACCUUGGACACGUCCAGGUCGAACAAAUUGAGGGGAAGGUAGCGAGAGCGACAUCUCCAUGCUUAAAGGAGACCUCCACAACGUACUUCUCGUGGUCGACGUCCUUGAACACAGGAACUGGUAUUGCUCCGCGGCAAGCUCGGCACCGGGACAGCUUCCCACUCUCGGCAUCCGAUCUGCACGUCGACGGACGACAGGACGGUGCACAACGCACUUGUUGCGCGUUGCUAGGUGGUUCUAAUUUGCAAGGAAGCUCAGAACCAGGGCAUGAGCACAGCAAGCAAAGCUCUCUGAACGAACAACAUGCGACACGAGCAGACCGGGUCACAGGAGACACACAAGAGCGCGAGAGAUAUGAAAAGCAGAACGUUGAGAGGAUAGGGUCAGCCGCCACGUUGCAGACUCAGUCAGCUCUAGGAACAGAGAUUCUCGCGUUACCCUCAUCCCCUCCAGGUCUAGAGGCACUUGGUGACAUGGCAAGUGAGGGUGUAGGAAGCAAUCAAAAAGGAGUUAUCACUUCGGGGCCAUCUGGGCUCGACCUGAAGAAGAGCAGUUCUGACCGAUCGUCAUCGUCGACGUCAAUUGGAGAGCUUUUGAAGGACUGCGAUGCAGUGUUUGCCAAGCCUUCAUCGCUGGAAGUCCUCUCUGACGCUGAAGACGAACACUGCGGAUACCAAAGCCUAAGUGGGCGUGACUACAGUGAGCAGACUUCGCUACGUCAUGCUGAUGGUGUGAAUCCAGUUCACGAAGACUUGCGGCGUAGCUGGAGGAUCACCAAUGAAAAUGUGACGAUCAGGGACGCCAGCCGACCGGAACUAUGGGAACAUAUGUCCAUUGGGAGUGGCGGAUACUCGUAUCUACACGAAGAGGGCCUAGCAGCGGGUUUGCAGGAAGAGCAAGCUGCAUGUGGACGGAGUUCGCUCAGCGUGGAGGGAUUGCAUGGGGAUAAGACGGUUGGGAUUGAAGUCGCAGACACGGCGUGUCUUGCGGCCGACUGGGCAGCGUCGAUCAGGCACGGCGGAGAGGAACAAGAUGGCGAUGAUGGCGACGCGACCCUUGACGGGUUUUGGCGACCGAACAUUCUGUACUGA